AUGACAUCAAAAUGACGUUUCCCGUUUAAAAGCUUUUAACUAAAUUCCUGCCUGUCAGAUGUAGGCCCCAUUUUGAGCGUGAAGCUGCCUCGAGCGAGCGAGUGAACGAGUGCCUCUCGCCCAUGGUGCGCUGGCCAGGCCUGAGGCCCUGCCUGAGUGCCGUCCUUAACCCUGCAGGUGCCUCCAGCAUGGCAGCAGCCGAAGUGCCCGGCUACCUUGUGUCUCCUCAGACAGAGAAACAUCGGCGGGCCCGCAACUGGACAGACGCGGAGAUGCGUGGCCUCAUGCUGGUCUGGGAGGAGUUCUUCGAUGAACUCAAGCAGACCAAGCGCAAUGCCAAGGUGUACGAGAAGAUGGCCAGCAAGCUCUUCGAGAUGACUGGGGAGCGCCGGCUAGGCGAGGAGAUCAAGAUCAAAAUCACCAACAUGACCUUUCAGUACAGGAAAUUAAAAUGCAUGACAGAUAGCGAGUCCGUCCCGCCGGACUGGCCCUAUUACCUAGCCAUUGAUAGGAUUCUGGCCAAGGUCCCUGAGUCCUGUGAGGGCAAACUGCCGGAUGGCCAGCAGCCGGGGCCCUCCACGUCCCAGACCGAGGCGUCCAUGUCACCGUCCGCUAAGUCCACCCCUCUGUACUUACCGUAUACCCAGUGCUCCUAUGAAGGCCGCUUCGAGGACGAUCGCUCCGACAGCUCCUCCAGCUUACUGUCCCUUAAGUUCAGGUCAGAGGAACGUCCUGUGAAGAAACGCAAGGUGCGGAGCUGUCACCUACAGAAAAAGAAGCUGCGGCUGCUGGAGGCCAUGCUGGAAGAACAGCGCCGGCUGAGCCGUGCCAUGGAGGAGACGUGCCGAGAGGUGCGCCGUGUGCUGGACCAGCAGAACAUCCUGCAGGUUCAGAGUCUGCAGCUUCAGGAGCGCAUGAUGAGCCUGCUGGAGAAGAUCAUCGCCAAGUCCAACGUCUAGGCCAUGGCCAGGAUGCCAGGUGCCGCAUAGUCCCAUCUGGAGGCUCAGGGCCCCGCC